GGGGGGCUUCUGGUUUUCCAAGUGCACGUGUGAUCUGUAUGUUUUAACAACAACAAAAAACCCCACAAGUUGCCUGGCCUGCUGCGUGGAUCCUUUUUGCUGGCCCAAGAUCAACAGCUCUGGCCAGAUUCCAACUCCACUGCCUUGCAUGGAUGGGCCAGGGUGGGAAAGGAAGCUAUUUUUGGACAGCGCUUUGAUGUUGACUCAGCAGCCGCUGCUGAAAAGUCCCACUUCGGCUCUUAACAAGCAGCUCCGCAGCUGCUGCUCACGAGAAAUUAAACGCAAGCAUGAAGGUGGAAAGCGAGGGUUCCAAGGUGGCAACAUGGCGACAGGGCCCUGCGAGGAAUUGGAAUGGAGCAAGGAAUGCCUGGAUUCUCUAAAAGAGCCUCCGGUUCAAAAGGAAGGCCUCCAAAAGCCACUGAAAGAGGACAGCAAAGAAGAUGUCACGAUACCUGCACCUAAAGAGAUAAACAGCACCCCAAACGGGACUGAGAAGGGCGAUGCGAACAAGCUCCACCUGGUCGGGGAAAACGUUGACGAGUUUGUGGACAGCGUAAGUGACGCUGCACCAUCCAUGGUUCCUGAACAGGAACCUGCCAAAUUGCCUCGGGCCGAACAGGUAGCGGAAAAAGUCCUGAGGGCCGAAAAAGUGGUCGAGAGGACGCCACGGGCUGAAAAAUCCCCAGGGAUGGAGAAGGCAGUCGAGAAAGUGACCCGUGUCGAAAAGGCGUCCCGCGUCGAGAAGACGGUACGGGCAGAGAAGCCAGCAGAGAAAGUGCGGCUUGCAGCACCAGCAGCCGCAAAGUCCGUCACUGCUAAAAGGAAAGUGGAAGUUCGCCCCGCUGGGCCUGCAAAGGAUACGCUUCCAUGGGAAGGACUGACCCUGAACAAAUGCCUCCUUGUUGCCUCCUUUGUCGCCCUCCUCAGCGUGAGCUGUCAGGUAGCCCAAGACAUAAUAGAGUAUGGCGGGGAAGUUCUUGAGGCAGAGCUGAAUGCGUGGACUUCUCAAGAAAGCAGCGUUGGGGAAGUGGAAGAACUCUGGUUUUACGAGCGGUGGUUUAACUGGUCGGACUCAGACGAGCCGCCUGAUGCCGAGGAGGAGGAGGAACCAAUAGAAAUGGGAGAGGAGGAGAUGGAGGAGGAAGAGGAGGAGAUGGAGGAGGAAGAGGAGGAGAUGGAGGAGGAAGAGGAGGAAGCAGGAGCUGAGGUAAAACCAAGGAAGAGCCAGGAUAAAGUGAGGAGGCGAGAGAGGCUCUCCAAAGACAAAGGUCACAAGGCCUCUGAGCAGGAGGAAGAGGAGGAAGAAGAAGAAGAUGAGGAGGAAGAGCCUGCACCGAGCAAGCGGCCUCCCCGGAAGGGGAAAGAGCAGCGGCGUCUGCAGGAGGAGACAAGGGGCCGGCAACCCAGGCACGAAGCCAAGGAGCCAAAGCGAGAGCAUCGUCCCCAGGAGGACCCCAAGGACGAGCGGGGCAGAGGGAAGGGGCAGCCCCAUGCCAAGCCCCAGCGGGACCACAAGGCCCACCCGCACGAGCAGAGAGGCCGGAAGCCCUGGCGGCUGCAGCCGCCCAAAGAGAGUGGGCACAAGUUUGGAAAGCAGCAUGACUGAGACCCUCACACUCCUUUGCCCCCUUCGGUGGGAAGCAGAGCUCCGAGAUACCUCCUGCGUCACCUCUCCGCGCAUCCCCUACUCCAAAGCAUGACAGCAAACGCCAAGCACAGAGGGACACAACUUUUAAGCUGCAUUUCCCUCUAGCACCCCAGUCUCCCCUUUGAUCUAAGGUCUUCCUUGCAGCGACAGUCUCUCGGGACGCAGCCUGGGACGUGGCCACCCAAAGAGAUCAGACUCACCUCUGCCAUGCCGUGUGACCUUGAGAAAGCCUCCCUUUUUGUUUGCCUUUUUUGAUGGGGUUCGUGCCUUCAUUUCCCCAGCUGCAAGAAAAUGGUUUGUGUGUCUGUGGGAGGCAUAUCCCACUGCCCCCAAUUGGCAAGAAGAGGUUGCAGUGUUUGUCUAAAUCGACUUGCGGCCUUUGCGCUGAACUUUGCAGCUUUAAUAGAGUAGAAUUAGACAACAAUACCUCUUUAGCAGCAGCUGAAAUCUUUAUUUUCCCCCUCUUCGUUUCCUUUUUCAAAAGCAGCCUAAAUCUUUGAUUUGGGGUUGGCUUACACGCACACACACCCUGUGGGCAUCACUGCCUCCUUGCCCAAAAGACAAUCAUCCAAACAGCCUCCGUUGCAAAGUACUGUUUUGGAAGCUGGCAUCAACCCAAGAAAGGAUGAAUCUCUCCAUUUGGGUUUCCGAGUCUUAAGUUCAGUUCUCUACAUGACAGCACCAGUUUGUGAUUUAUUUAUUUUUACGUCCUCAUGAAAAUUCAUCAAUAUUGUAGGGCAAAUUUCUCCUCAUUUACACAUUUUUUGGUAUGUUAAUAUGCCUGAUAAACCUUUUUUUUUGGCCAACAAUUUCCCCAUAUAGAAUGCAUUUGGAUAAUUUGUUUUUCACCUUAAUGUAUGCAUUUGUAUACACACUUUCCCCCUAAUAUAUGCAGACUUGUACACAUCUUUGGGUUGGAAAACCACACUGCAAAAUUCAGAGAUGUUUCAGAAACUGUGACUUCGGUAGGUUUGCAUUUAAAUCCGAACCGAAGUCAAUUUCUCCUUCCAUACGACAGCAAAAUUGCACAUGUGCUGUCGAUUCUGCAAUGGGUUGUUUCCACACGCAGCAUUUUGGAGAGUGCGCCCUUAGAUGUUGAGAGCAUUGCUUUGGGGUCUGGGUUUUUUUUUUUAUGGGUAGUUUUCAAAGCAUGGCUGUUCAACCACUUCCUUUCCUGUUCUGUUGAAAGACUUUCUGGAUAUGUUUAUUACCCACUUCGCACAAUAUAAAUUAAAGAACAUGACUAACUUA